ACCUCGAUGAGGUUUGCUCCACCAUUGUUCAAAAAAUCAUGCAAGGGAGAGUUAGGUGAGAAAAGGGGUAGAUGUUAUAGGUUUUGUGCACAGGGAGUCAACGGUUGAAGAUAUUGUUCCAGAGAGAAAUUGUGCUCUACUCUUCCGCCAUUUUAGGAAUCCAAGCAAUUUUUCUUACAGCAAGCAAUGGAGAGGGAAACACAAAGGCAGUUGCAUACUUCUCUACUUGAUGAAGAAUGCAGCAGCACAUACGGCAUUCAGAAUGGUGGUAGCUCUGUCACAGCUGCAGUAGUUCUUAGUACCUUCAUUGCUGUGUGUGGCUCCUAUGUCUUUGGUGCUUCUGUGGGAUAUUCAUCCCCUGCUGAGAGUGGAAUCAGGAGUGACCUAGGGCUCUCUGUGGCAGAGUACUCCAUUUUUGGCUCAAUCUUAACCAUCGGGGCAAUGUUAGGUGCAGCAAUGAGUGGAAAGAUUGCAGAUGUUGUUGGCCAGAGAAUUGCAAUGGGGAUUUCAGAAAUAUUAUGCAUUAUUGGUUGGCUUGCUAUAUUCUUGUCAAAGAAUGCAUGGCCUCUUGAUCUUGGAAGAUUAUUAACAGGAAUUGGUGUUGGAAGUCUUUCUUAUCUGGUACCUGUAUAUAUAGCAGAUGUAACUCCCAAGAAUCUUCGAGGAGGCUUUGCAAACUUCCAUCAGUUCAUGAUAACUUUUGGCACUGCCAUGACAUAUAUUCUUGGAACUGUAGUCUCCUGGCGCAUCUUGGCACUUAUAGGCACAAUUCCAUGUCUGGUACAUCUUGUGGGACUGUUUAUGAUUCCAGAGUCUCCAAGAUGGUUGGCAAAGACCGGUCGACACAGAGAGUUUGAAGUUACUCUCCAGAAUCUUCGAGGAGCUAAUUCUGAUAUAUCUCAGGAAGCUAAUCAGAUUAAAGAUUAUACUGAAUUGCUUGAACAGCUCCCAAAGGCUAGAAUCCUAGGAUUGUUCCAGAGGACAUACUCUUGGUCACUCAUUGUUGGAGUAGGGCUGAUGUUACUGCGACAAUUAGGAGGUGUUUCUGCAAUUUCCUUUUAUGCAAGUUCUAUAUUUGAAGCAGCUGGUUUUUCAGCCACUAUAGGGACAAUUGUAAUGGCUGCUGUGCAGAUUGUUAUGAUCAUUUUAAGUGUGUUCUUAACUGAUAAAUCAGGAAGAAGAGUGCUUCUAAUGGUUUCUGCAUCUGGAACAUGCUUAGGAUGCCUUCUAGUUGGGUUAGCAUUCUCAUUGCAGGACAUUCAUUGGUGCAAAGCCUUUGCUCCAAUUUUGGCAUUUGUCGGUAUACUGUGCUUUUCCAUUAUUGAUUCUACAUAGGUAUAUAGUGCGUUUUUCGGAGUAGGACUUGCAGCAAUACCGUGGCUUCUAAUGUCCGAGGUCAGUGAGAUUAAUCAAGCACAAAGUUUAAAUAAACGGAAAUUAAUCAUAAAACAAGGCUGAACAUUGGUGGGAACAGUGGAACAAGACUAAAGGGUGAAGUGCUGUUUCAGAUAUUUCCAGUUAACGUGAAGGGUUCUGCUGGAAGCCUUGUAUCUAUGGUCAAUUGGUUCACUUCAUGGAUUGUUACGUUUGUUUUCAACUUCUCCAUGGAAUGGAGCUCUGCAGGAACAUUUUACAUAUUUGCUGGUAUUGGCGGUUUAACUGUCAUAUUUGUUGCAAAAAUGGUACCGGAGACAAAGAGAAGAACUCUAGAAGAAAUUCAGGCAGCAAUGAAUCCACUGGCUGAGAGAAGGUAAACCAAGCUAUGUGUGAUACGAGAAAAGUUCAAAUUCAUUUUUUCUUUUAUGCUACCAGCAAGACAGAAGAUUGAUUUCAACUCAACUUGACAUUGUAAUUUAAUGCAUCUGAUUAGCAAUAUUGUUUUGAUAUAAAUUGCUUGAUCAGAAAGCUGGUCUCUCAAUGUUCUAUGGAAUUGAUCAAUUGGAACAGUGUUUUCUUUUUUCUUAUUGGUAAUUAAAGGUUUAUUUAGUA